UUUUGGAGCUAAAACGUCUGUGCGGACAGAGAGAGCGCAGAGGGAGGAUAGCAGCAACUGGGGGGAAAAAAAUCAAAGAAAACCACUGAACUGACUCAAAAGGCACUGAAGCUGAAGGGACACAAGACAGCCAUGGUCCUCUUGCUCAUAUCAAUAACCGUCCUGCAUCUGGUCACCUUGGCCAUGCUCCUCAUCGCCACCCUGGAGAAGUCCUGGUGGGUAUGGACUGACUCAGAAAUCACAGACCUCUGGUAUAACUGCUUCCAUGAUAAUGCCACAGACACCUGGUUGUGUGCUACUGCCAGUGAAAGCGACUGGCUGCAGUCUGUCCAGGCCCUCAUGGUCCUCUCUGUGGUCUUCUCCUCCAUCUCCUUCCUGGUUUUUCUGGGUCAGCUGCUCACUAUGUCCAAAGGAGGACUCUUCUACUUCACAGGCCUCUGUCAGGCCUUUGCAGGUUUCACAGCCUUUGCCGCUUGCCUCAUCUUCAGCUUCCACAGAAAGGAGAUCUUAAAUGACUCCAGAGAUCUGAGCAAAGGACGCUUCGGCUACUGUUUCAUCCUGGCGUGGCUGUGUGUCCCUCUCCUCCUGAUCAGUGCUGUCCUAUAUGUCCACCUGCGCAAGAAGCAGUGAGGUCGAAAAACCUCUUUUUAAGCAAGCGUGAUGCUCCUUGCUCACUUACACCAUUCCCCAGCUGACAGCAAGCAGAAGAAAUUGGAUGACUGAGAACGAAAGACCUCUUGAUCUGUUUUCUUUCUGACUCAAGAUCCGCCCAACUGUGCUACACGAUAUGUAGACAGUUGCGUCAUCACGGUGGCGUCUCUGUCUGUGAGACACAAUAGUUGGGCUUCCUUCCAAAUGUAUCACAAAUCUUAACAGAACUUCAAGAUAAAUCAGCAAGACAACAUGCGAAUAAAAGUUUGUUUCCAUCCACUGCCUUUAUGCGACUGUUUUCACUCAAGUCCAGAUAAAGAAAGACAUUAAAACUCUUGAUCUAAGAUACAAAACUCGUGUGAAUGUGCUGCAUGAAGGAUUGUGACAUCCUAACAUUUGGUAAUGAAUGCUUAACUUGUUGUCUUUAAUGUAUUAUUGUGAUCAUGGUGGGACAAUACAGAGCUCAAAUGACUUUAUUGUAUUUUUUACACGUCUGUGGUCACUUAUUAAAAAAGCAAGCUCUCUGCAAGCAUUGUUAUGCAUCCCUUUAUUUAAAGAGCUAAGUCUGUGUAAGGCCUGUU